AUGCCUCUAUCCCCCGACACGACAUCAGCUAUGCAGGAGCUGGCGCAACAAUACUCCCUGUCUGCUCGAGGCGCUCAGGGGGUAUUUGAUCGAGACAUUUGGGGGCCUCGCGAAGAAUCGAUGGGAAAUCCCUGGUCCCAAACGAACCCUGAAGGAACAAUCAUCCUCCGCCUGGCUGAGAAUAGCCUCAUGCACGAUGAGGUUUCAGCAUUUAUCAAACAGCAGAUGUCUGUUCUCCCCGUCAAUCACUUAACCUACAGCACUGGCCCCAGAGGAUCUCGUCGUCUUCGCUCUACGGUGGCGAAGUUCUUCGAGGAGGAAUUUGGGGCUCGUGAGCCCAUGAGCGUUGACAACAUUUCCAUUACGCCGGGCCUGGCCAGCGCAAUAGAUUCGUUGAGUUGGGCCAUAUGUGACGAAGGGGACGCAAUCCUCAUUCCACAACCGCUCUACAACGGUUUCAACUUCGACCUAUUGAAUCGUAGUAGUGUCCGGAUCGUCGGAGUACCGUACAGUGGAAUUAAGGGGUUUUCAGGACUUGACGACCUCUUCAACGCCGAAGUAAACAAGAUAGCGAUAGAAGCAGCACUUCAGAAAGCAUCUCGAGAUGGAGUCCGAGUCAAAGCCCUCCUGAUCUCCCACCCUCACAACCCUUUAGGGCGAUGCUACCCAGUCGAGACUUUGAUUGCAUUCGCCUCAAUCUGUAGUCAACAUGGUCUACACUUCAUUUCUGACGAAAUUUAUGGAAAGUCGGUCUUUCAAAACCCGGCAAUUCCGGACGCCACUCCCUUUGUGUCUACGUUAUCACUCGAUCUUCAAGGUAUCAUUGACCAAACCCGGCAUCAUGUACUAUAUGGUGCAAGUAAGGAUUUCUGCGCCAAUGGACUCCGUCUAGGAGUUGUGUGUACCCGAAAUAAGGGAAUCAUAGGAGCUAUAUCUAGCAUCAGCAUGUUCUCUUGGUCUCCACAUCUCAUUCAGGACAUGUGGGCGGCCAUGCUUGAAGACCGCAUAUGGCUCGAACGCUUCAUAGAGACCAAAUUAACGCUCAUGAGGGAGAAUUAUGAGAUAGCAACAUCAUUCUGUCAUGACCACGGCAUCCCCUUUUACGAAGCCAACACGGGCCUAUUCUUAUGGCUAGAUCUCCGGCAUCUGCUCCUAUCACACGCAACAUCCAAGGAGGAUGGGAAUAAUGUGUUAGCCACAAAGUCCCCUAAUUCGAAGGUGCUUCAAGAGCGCGAGACUGAAAUAAUAGAUCUGUGCCUAAAAAAAGGCGUUAUGAUAGCACCAGGUCAUGUUUACAUGCCGGAGGAGUAUGGUUGGUUUAGAAUGACUUUUACUGUGAAAAAGGAUGCAUUGCGAGAAGGUUUAGCUAGAUUGUGGAGGUCUUUGCAAGAAGCCGGUGCCUAG